AGUAGAGAGACGUUGUAUUUCCGGGUUUAUGCUGACGCGUCCCUCUUCUCCUCACUCUCUACGUGUCAGUAGUCCUCUUCUGUCCGGUGCUCAGCAGCAACACAGACCGGUGAAUCCGCAGAAACAUGGCUCCUAAAGGCAGCAGCAAGCAGCAGUCCGAGGAAGACCUUCUCCUCCAGGACUUCAGCAGAAACCUCUCCGCCAAAUCCACCGCGCUGUUCUACGGAAACGCUCUCAUCGUUUCUGCCAUCCCAAUCUGGCUGUUCUGGAGGAUCUGGCACAUGGACCUUGUCCAGUCUGCAGUUUUGUACGCUGUGAUGACUCUGGUCAGCACCUACCUGGUGGCCUUCGCCUACAAGAACGUCAAGUUUGUUCUCAAGCACAAAGUCGCCCAGAAGCGAGAGGAUGCCGUCUCCAAGGAGGUGACAAGGAAGUUGUCCGAGGCAGACAACCGCAAGAUGUCCCGCAAGGAGAAAGACGAGAGGAUCCUGUGGAAGAAGAACGAGGUCGCUGACUACGAAGCCACCACCUUCUCCAUCUUCUACAACAACACCCUCUUCCUGGUGCUCGUCAUCGUCGCCUCCUUCUUCCUGCUCAAGAACUUCAACCCCACCGUGAACUACAUCCUGUCAAUCAGUGCCUCCUCAGGACUCAUCGCUCUGCUGUCCACUGGCUCCAAGUAAAGGAGGAACAAAUUAUGAAAUAAUAGCUGGAGGGGUGAAGGGGUGGGAUUGGGUUAGGAAGUGGGUGUACACUAUUUUGUUUUUCACUUAAGUUAGGAAUGGGGUUUGAGGGAACGAAAUAUCACAUUUCAACUUCAUGAAAUUCAUGAUCAAAUGUCUGGAGGUGCUUCUCCAGGUCUGUUUUUUGUAACAAAUAAAGACACCAGGUAUACUUUC